AUGGCACAAGUACGACGACAAUCUACUAAUCCAUCUCCAACACCUAGAAAAAUCCCUCCUGUGCCUGAUAUGAUACGUUUUCGAGCACCAACAUCAAGAAGUAUCCGACGAACACAAAGCUUUUAUGUCAAUGGCCAAACUUCACAUCUCGGAACACCGAUUCAAGCAAUGUAUCCGAAACAAAUCGUCAAUCAUCCACCUCCUCGUUUUGUUCAAAAAACAUCAGAAAUUAAUGGAUUCCAUAAGUCGAAUAAUUCAGAGUAUGAUCCACUAACUGGCUUAAAAAUUAAUGCUACUUCUACUACUAAUGAAAGUCAUGAAAAAUCAUAUAUUAUUAGUUCAUCAUUCAAUUCUUUAAUGCGUCGUGAACGACAACUGACUUCGUCAGCACUACAACCAUCAUCAGAAAAUUUAUAUUUAUUACAACAACAACAAAAACAACGUCAACGACAGAGAUUAAAUAAUAAUGAUACUGAAGAAUCCGUUGUCAUACCAACACUAAGUGAUGACGAUGGACUUCCAGUUGUGUCUGUUGAUCAAGAUCGUGUGCCGGUUUAUGCACGAUUUCCUUUUGAUGUCAGCUUUCUACCACGACCAAUGGACACUAAUGUUGAAGAUAAUAUUCAUAAGCUUCGUCUUCGUUUAAUUGAUUCGGAACUUCAACAUCAACGUCAAAGUACGGAUGAUUAUAUUAAACGAACACAAGAACAACUUUCUCUUUCAUCAUCUAAAUCACCGGAACAUUAUUUAAAUGAUAUCAGUCCAUCAAACAAUUUAAUUUAUCAACGAGUUAAACCAAGGAUUUUGAGUCGACAAACAUCAUAUUCACCAUUAUCUAUUGAAACCCCGGUGCCUAUUGGUAAUUUUUCGGGAUUAUCUCGAGGUAAUCGCAUAGGAAUGGGAAAUAAUUCUCAAGAUCAUUCAGAUAUUGAACGAGAUUUAGAAAUACGACGAAUACAAGAAUCCUUAAACAAUGGUCGUCGAUCAAAUCAACAACUAGCGAUAUCAAAUUAUUCUUAUGACCCGCGGUUACAUUUACAACCUUUAAAUAGUACAAUAGAAGAACGACAAUAUUCAUCUUCUAAUAUGGAUGACUUAAUCGAUUCAAUGGCUAGACGUCAUUUAGCUUAUCGACGACUUGAUAUCAAAUCCGUAUUUUUGUUUCAGGCAGCUAUUGAUCGUCAACGACGAGGUCCAGGAGGUUACAAUUCUUAUUUUGAUUCUUCAGUUAUCGGACGACAAGCGUCAUUUCGCAGUCAACAACAAGAUGAUGAUAUAUUUUUCGCAAAUACAGCAUCAGCAAGUCAUCUUGGACAAGAUUUUUUUCGAACGAAUUCAAAUGGUUUAAAUCAAAUGCUUCGAUCAAGAGUUGAUUAUUAUAAUCGUAUUCAACCUGAUCUUGAUGAUGUAAGUCCAAAUAAUGUGAUACGUACGAAUUCUUAUUCGAAAUUACCUCCAAUAUCACCUGGAGUAGAUUCAAAUCGUUUAAGUCGAACACAAAAUCUAUCAAACUCAGCUCUUUAUCAAGCUAAACAUAAUCCUCAAGAACAUCGAAAUUAUCAACAACCUUUACCAUUAAAUUUACCUGACCAUACUGAACAUUUAAUUGAAUUACCAAGUGAUAUAUUUCUUUCAUCAAGAACAGAAUCGGAUGUAUCUGUAGAUUCGGAGGCAGAUCAAUCAGACGGUGAAAAUACUUUACCUGUUGUUAAUCAUCAAUACAGUCAAAAUAAACAAAAAUCAGCAAAAAAAUCAGCAAACGGUCAUCAUGGAUUUUUUACCGAAGGAAAUCCUCCACAACAACAACAACAACAAAAGCCAAAAAAAAAUAAUUUUCCACGACGAUUAUUUCAAAAAACAGCUAUUGCCAUUUUGUUCAUAAAUAUUCUCAAACAUCGAGCUACUAAAAGCCGAUUAAAUCGUCCAAGUCAAACAUUAAGUGCAACAAUACAUAAAAUUCGUUUACAAGAAAUAAUGGUUGCAUUACAUCGUGUUUAUCUCGAACCUGAUGGUCCGAUUUAUAAUGCACUUAUACAAGCUGUAACUAGUUCAAUUGAAUUAAAAGAUGCAUUAGAUACAUCAUCGAAAUAUUAUUCGGAAGCAAUUAACGUUAUUGGUGAAGCAUUAAAAAAUGUUAUUUCAAAAAUUGUUGAUUUUAUGCCAAAGGAUGGUAUUCUAGGUACAGCAAAAAAUUCAGCUGUAUCAGCACUUAUUCAAGAUGGAAAUCCAUUUCCUGAUAAUUAUUUUUGGCAAUGUGAAAAAGAUAUGCUUGAGUUUAAUAAAGCAAAAAUUAUAAAUGUAACCAAACAACGAGCAACGCUUCUACUUAUUGGUAUUUUUAUUUUUCGAGCACUUGUUACAACAUUACUUAUUAAACCAAUUAAAUAUCGAUUCAUGCUUGGUGAAUUAACAACAAAUCAAGCAGCUAGUCUUAAAGUUCUAGCAUCAGUUAUGCUUUAUGUUGGUCGACGAGCAGUUAAAUCCAUUCCUCAAAUACUUACUUUGCCACAUGAAUGGGAAUCUUCAUUAUAUAGUGAUACAGAUAUUGAACCAAUUAUUCAACAUGCGGAAAUCAAAUCAAUUAUUACAACAUGUGAACUAUCAUUACGUGUUUGGUGUGAAGAAUAUAUCCAUCGUAUUGAUGCAAGUUUUGGUAAAGAAUUACGAACAUGA